CCCAUCCCGAUUGCACAGUGCAACUAAAUCCCCAACAGCAACCAGUUAUUUCAAGAGUUUCCGCGAUGGCGGAGCGCAAGGAACACCCCAAGUUCUUCCGGAGCCUCCGGAACUACUUCAGGGAGUACUGUCGCAACACCAGCAUACACGGCUUCCGGUACUUCGGCGAGAACAGGACCUACUUCGAACGGGUGUGGUGGUUCUUGGUGUUCGGGGUCACUUUGGCCGCCUGCGUGAUGUCCAUCAGGGAGGUGUACAACAAGUGGCUCAGGAGCCCGGUGAUCGUGAGUUUCGCCACGAAGGGGACGCCCAUUUACACCAUACCAUUCCCCGCCGUCACCAUCUGCCCAACCUUCAAGUCCGUCCAAGCGAUCUACAGCCACACGAACAUCAUAAAGAAACUCAACCACAACGUGUCUUUAACCGAAAAAGAGAGGAAGAUCCUCGAUUACAUGGGAUUGAUCUGCGACAGCAACAAAGCCAUCAAGCACUCCGACAUCGAUUAUUUCACCGACGAUUUUUACGAAACGUUGAAAGAGGUAAAUCGGUGGGAGUUCGAGGAGGGCUCGCUCAUGCAAUACGGUUUUUCGCCGCAGAUUAAAGGCGACGAGUUUCCCUUCGGCAGUUGCACUUACUUGGAUGUCCAGUACAAUCCGUGCGUGCUCUUCAAGCCCGUCAUCACCGACGAAGGCAUUUGCUACACGUUCAACAUGCUGGACAAACGCGAAAUAUUCAAAGAAGUCUCGUGGAUACCGAAAGAGUUUUACAAUGCAAGAAAACCUUCGAUAGGUACUUGGACACUUGAGGGGGGUUAUUCGGAUGAAGCUGGUUUAUUUCCCUAUCCUAAACGAGCUAUGUUCGCAGGGGCCACCAGCGGUCUUACAGUAAAGCUGUUUAUGCCUAAAAACAAUAAAGAUCACAGUUGCAAACAGGGGAAUCAAGGAUUUAGGGUCUCUUUACACCUGCCAUCGAGGAUUCCCAGACCCAGCCAAGAUUACUUCCGGGUACCACUUGAUCAAACGGUGAUGGCGGCGAUCAAUCCAGAAAUGACCGCUACCGACAGCGCCGUGGAGAAAUACAGCCCGUCGAAGAGAGAAUGUUACUUUCCCAACGAGAAGAAACUGCGAUUUUUCAAGCUGUACACGGCGAAAAACUGCCAAUUGGAGUGCCAGACUAAUUACACGCUGCGCUUUUGCGAUUGCGUCAAUUUCUUCAUGCCGAGAGAGAACGGGACGAAGAUGUGCGGCAUAAGCAAAUUGGGCUGCAUGCAGAAGGCGUACUUCAGUUUCAGAUUGGGAGAUAAUCUGCGUAACAAAUUAGGCGAUCGGUUUCAAACGAACGAAAGGGCGAAGAAACUCUUGAAAAGGUACAAAGGAUGCGAUUGCUUGCCGACGUGCACGGAUUUGACGUACAACGUGGUUACUUCCCAAAGCCCGUGGGACGUGAUGGAGUCGAUAAAAGCCGAAAGGAUGAAUUGGUCGGCGGAAAUCGAAAACGAUGACUACUACGUAUCGAAACUGAUCUUGUUCUUCAAGUCGUCGUCGUUCGUUACGUCCGAACGGCACGAAUUGUACGGACCGACCGAUUUCCUGGCGAAUUUCGGCGGUUUGCUGGGGCUUUUCACCGGCUUUUCGAUACUCUCGCUCAUGGAGGCCAUUUACUUUCUGACCGUGCGAUUGUGCUGCAAUUCGAGGGCGUACGGCUAUUGGGCCGGCCCGGAAAACUGAAACGGACCGAACGGUUCUGGUCGUAAAAUGGAAAAUGGGAAAAAAGGAGGAAAAACGGUGGCUUUCUUUUCGCAUCGGUGCUUCGUCAAAUGCUUCAAUCGCUUCAAUCGCAGAGAGCUUUCGUUUGCUCCGGUUUGUUUACGUAAUUUAAUAAAGCUUAUAAUAAUAAAUAACGUGUGUUGGAAUUGUAUUCGUAAUUUAUUGGGCAAAUAAAUAUAAA